AUGGAUGAAACUCUAAGCAGUUCGAGUUCAUUGCCACCUUUCCUUACAAAGACGUAUGAGAUGGUGGAUGAUCCUUCCACGGACUCUGUUGUGUCGUGGAGUCAGAGUAAUAACAAAAGCUUUGUCGUAUUGAACCCUCUUGAAUUUGCACGGGAUCUUCUGCCGAGGAAAAUCGAUCCUGAACAAUGGGAAUUUUCUAAUGAGGAUUUUGUUAGAGGUCGGCCACGCCUUAUGAAGAAUAUUCAUAGACGUAAGCCGGUUCACAGCCAUUCUGCACCAAAUCUUGCUUCUCUACCUCCGCUAACUGAAUCAGAAAGGAAAGGCUAUAAGGAUGAUAUCAAGAGGCUAAAGCGUGAUAAAGAAGUACUGAAUUUGGAACUACAAAAACAUAAAAUUGAGCAACAAGGACUUGACAGGCAAAUGCGAGGUUUGAUGGAAUGCGUGCAAAAUAUGGAGCUGCAGCACAAGAAUAUGUUAUCUUCCAUGGGUCGAACCUUGCAGAAACCCGAACUUGCUUUAAAUCUGGCACCCCAAGUUGAAAUUGACGAUAGAAAGAGAAGGCUUCAAAGAAGCAGGUACUUGUAUGGUCAAGCCAGCAUAGAAAAAUCUGGAAAAAAAUCUGAUUCAAUUUCCUUUUUAAAUUCAAAUGAUGAAUUAUUGGAGCAACUGGAGUUUUCACUUAUGUUUUGGGAGAACCUAGUACUUGAUGUCGGUCGAGGCUUAGAUCAGUCUAAUUCAUUGCGGGGUUUGGACGAAUCUACAGAGUGUACAAAUAGCCCCUCUGUACUAAAUGUUGAUGUUUGGUCGAAGAUUUCUGGGACUGAUGUGAAUGCUGAGCUGAAAACCAGCAAUUUUCUGGAAGUUUCUCUUGAGACAACCACCAAUGUGCGAACGGGGGUUAAUGAUGUAUUCUGGGAGCAGUUUCUUAUGGAAAAUCCUGGUUCUACUGAAGGUACGGGUGACAGUAAAAAUGAACAACAACCAGUUCAUCCCAGGAAACAAUGGUGUAAUGCGAGGAGCGUGAAUAAUCUUGUUGAACAGUCGGGACAUCUAUCCCCCACAGAAAGAACUUGA